GAAAAAAACGCGUGGCACGUGACUUAUCAUCAUCCGCCACGGCUGGAAUCCUUCUUUGGUCACCUCCUGUCCACACCUCUGUGACCCUUUCUAACUUGAAUUAGUUUUCCACAAAACUCUCUCCUAGAUGCUUUCUCUCCUGUCGUAGACACCCAGAGAUGCCCCCAGGAACUCCCUAUGCCUCGUUUGCACUCCCUUAUCCCAUCCGUGUUGAUUGUUUCACCUGCACAGCUCAUCUUCCAGCUCCGUACAACACACCGGCAUUAUAUCUCCUCACCCACUCCCAUACCGACCACAUUAUCGGCCUAUCUUCAAAAUCAUUUGCUUCACGGGUACUAUGUUCGCCUGAUACAAAAGAGAUGCUCUUGAGGCAUGAGAUUUAUCCGGAGCGCGCAAAGAAAGAUGCAGGUGAAGUUGCAAUGAGGACGUUUGCUCAUUUGAAGCUUGAGGGUGGAGCAUUCAGUAGGGAUUUAUUGCGCGCAGUUCCAUUGAAUACUCCAACUGAAUUUGAGUUAUCACCGACUGAGACAGUGAUCAUUACGCUCAUCAAUGCAAAUCAUUGUCCGGGUUCCGUUAUGUUCCUCAUCGAAGGUCCUCGUGGCACGAUUCUUCACACGGGCGACGUACGCGCCGAACAUUGGCUACUAAAAUCUUUAACUCGAAAUCCAUUUCUCCAACCAUACAUCCCGGAUACGGAGGAAGAUCUCCGUGUUCUCAUAGCGCGAGGCGGCCAAACAGCAAGCUUGACGAAAACAUUGCAUGCGAUCUAUUUGGACACGGCGUGCAUGUUGAAGGGAACUGUUGUUCCCACAAAGGAAAACGCAGUCAAAGGCCUGGUCGAGCUCAUUGCGUUGUUUGAUAAGGAUACCUAUUUCUUCAUAAACUCGUGGACUUGGGGAUACGAGGACGUGCUCAAGGGCAUCGCACGGGCGUUCCAGUGUCAGAUUCAUGUCGAUCAAUACAAAUAUGCGGUCUACACGCAUAUAUCGGACCCCUUUCUUCGUAUGCUGGUCACUCGCAACGCGACAAGCACUCGCUUCCAUGCUUGCGAACGGUUUAAGCGGUGUAGUUUCGUAGAUGUACCCAGUUUCGACUUCAAGAAUGACUUAGCGCCACGGAGCAUCGAGGGAAGGAAGGUCGUAUACAUCAAUCCUGUCACUAUGGGAUGUGCGCAGUGGGAAGGCUAUUGCAUAGAUGUACGAAGACGUCUUGCGAUGGGGAAGGAUAUUGAUCGCUUGCUCGUACCUCUCGAACGACAUUCUCCCUUACCAGAACUGCUCAACCUUGUCUCCCUCUUCCGCCCGCGUCGGUUGAUUCCUAAUACCCUUGUGCUUGCUCUCGGCGGUCUCGACUGGACUGCGAUGAACGCUAUGUUCAAGGAGUGCAUAGCACCGCCCAUCUAUGACCGUGGUGAUCCCAUCACAAAUGAGUUUAGCUCGCUAGUAAUUGCGCAUCCCAGCGUCCUCGAUCUUGCCUCCCUCAAUCUCGCCGAUACAGAUUCGGCGAUGAAAAACCUUGUGGGCGACUCUGCUGAGCUCGAAGCAGGGAAGUGGGCGGAUGACGGGAGUAUGCGACGACGGCUGGAGGUGCUUAGAGGGUGGUUAGGACCAAAGGAGAAGGGAAUUGUUGAUCGAGCACUCGGGCGUCUACCGAAUCCACGUUCUGAGUAUGGAGGCUCAUCCCCAUUAUUGUUCCGGAACAAUUCUGCGCCGGAAACUCCCAAAAGGACUCCCAAAACCCGCCUGCAGGUGAAACGUUCUGUGGAAGGCUCGGAUGAAUCAAGCUACUAUGAUGGGUCUGAUGCACAUGCCAGGACUGCGCGCCUGCUCUUUGCUGGGGAUUACAGCAUGGAAGGGUCGAUUAAGAGCUGGUUGUCGUCGAGCCCGUCGCACAUAUCAGGGAGUGAUGCGCAGAUCAUCGGUACCAAAAACUUGGGUCCUGUGCAAGAACAGUUCACUGCAGCUGCAACGUCAGAAGCUGUCGUUCAGGCUCCGGUAUUGGAAAGCAGCGUCCAGGUCCCGGUGUUUAUACAGACUACCGACACAGCGCUUGUCCCAGAUAUCACGGUCUCCGCUGAUCAGAGCCUCCCUACACCAGUAUCGUCACCUGUGCUGCGUCUGCGAGAUGUCAAGGGGAAAGGCAAGGAGAUAGCAAGUCAAACAAAUGCUGAGAUCACAGAUUUCUCGCUCCCACAUUCCUCCCCGCACGCACUCAGGAGCUCCUCACCCGUCCCUUUUCCAUGGACAUCUGACCCAUUUGGCCAAAUGUCCUGGCAUGCGCUCACAAUUCUCCGUUCCCCUGAUGAACUUGACGAGGGCAAAUCCCUGACCCAUGCGCAGUCCACAAUGUCCAUGAGUGCAUGUACAUCUCCGAUCGCAUCGUUGGAGGAUGUAGUCAUGACCGAGGCAGAACUGUCAUCGCUACCUGAACUACUCGAUGUUAACUCCCUGAAGUCUCCUGAAGUGCAACAUGUUUUGAUUCGGAUGUGCAAAGACACGAGUGCAGAGUACAAUCAGCAGAGCAUUGAAACAUCUCGGAAAGACGUCUUUUCCCAAGCAUCAUCGGAUGCUCCACCAUCGCAGUGCUAUCAGCCGUUUAAGAGUCUUUCCAAUCAGAAGCAUUCUCCUCAUCCAUCUCUCCCUCUAGCUCAGAUUCAGAGUCAGCACAGCGAUGGUCACAGGACAAAACGCCGCAGACUUGAAGAACAUACCAGCGAUGUUCCUGAGACAGAACACAGUGGCGUAGUUCAAGUCACUUCUCUCGUCUCCGCCCUCCGGUGUAGAAAGACCGAGGAAUCCAUCGAUGGCCCCCAUGAUAUGGCACAUCCAUACUACAGGUCGUUUAGGGUUCCAUCACCAGAUCCAUUUCUUGAUACGACCGGUAAAUCAAUGUCACCGUCUCACGAGCAUGAGCAGCGUCCCUUCGCAAUCCUACCUAGAAACCUUGCAUCCAGUCAGUCGGCUCCGUUACUUGUAUCCCCUCCUCAACUAGAGAUCAGUUCUCAAUGCCGAGGCCAUGAAUCCCUUGCAACGUCCUCUCCCUCCGUCCUCGUUACUUUAACUUCGCCGCGCAUUAUCGCACCCGCUUUAACAGAACCUCUUUUGUUGGGUAACACUUCAACUAUCAGCCUCGCCUCGUCUCCGAAGGUUCCACGGCAUUCUCUCGUUGUCUCAGAAAAUUCUUUGAGCCCUCGUUCACGAAACCGACAAGAAAUAGCUGAGAAACUGUGUCUAGCUCGUCCAAAUUUGGUUGAUCCCUCCUAUGCAGUAAAACAAUCAAGGAGGCUAUCUCGGCUUAAAGAACGGUCGGUAUCCAUCAUGCAAGAUAUGAGCUCGAGCGCAUUUGGCUCGUCUCCGUCUCACUCUAUCUCUGCGCAGAACAAUGGUCCGUCGUCGACUAUGGUCCGCCGGGAAUUCAAACCUGCAUCUCGUUUGUCUUCCUUUUCGACGUCGAAACAAGUCGCGGGAACAGCAGUUCGAGAUAUUCCUGCGAAGCGCUGGCGUGAGCCAUUGGAUGAAGAUACAGAAGACGUGCACCAGACAAUGAAUUGGGAACGAAGUCGAAGGCUUGCGUUGGAUGUCACGAGGGCGCUUGCUGCGGGGCAAAAGGCGAGGGAUGUACUUCCACGAUUAAUGUGUACAUCUGCUCGGCAAAGACGUCUCGCGGGCUAGUCAUGGUGGAUAAAUGCAUUUUUACAUACAUCACCUCAUGUUAAUUGUAUCGAUAAAUACGACACUUUGGGCCCGGGCAGAGUAGAAUGCUCUUAGAAGACGAAUUAAGGGGGUUGUGGGGACAAUUGAUACCGAGUCGCGUAACCGCUUUUAUGUUACAUCACGGACUUACGAUAGCAAAGUUCAC